CGUGGCCUGCGCCUGAGUCCUGGCACCAGUCUGCACUGCGAGCGGCGAAAGGUGGAGAGAUUUACCCCAUCACACACUCCGACUGUCACACACACGCACAGACACACGCACACACACAGUCAGCGAGAGAAACGGGACUCAUCCAAAACCUAACAGGACUAUGGACCUGAGCCUGCGAGAUGCCCUGGGCGGUGGUGGAGGCGGAGUGCAGGGCGGGGCUCCUGCCGAGUCCCUGCUGAAGAGAGACUUUAUGGCCACGCUGGAAAAAGAAAGCUACGACGACAAGGUGGGCGAGACGGUCUCCAAGAGCGACUACCGGCCCUUAGUGGACGGGAAGGACACCAAGAGCGGUCCUGGGAUGAUGUCCUCCAUGAUGUCCUCCGGUGGACGCCAGGAUCCACCCGGACAGUCCGCCUUCAGCUCCGACUACCUGUCUGGUCCAAUGAUGGGUGGCAUGACAGAUCAGUGGAGCCUGAACAAGACAAAGGACAGCAGCAUGCCUGACUCAUUUCUAGGCUUUUCUCAGUCUGGAAUGGGGGGCACCAUGGGGUCUGGUCUGCCACCGUUCCAGACGAGUAUGACCCCCAGUCUUGGCCAGACUGGCAUGACAGGGAUGAUGGGGAUGACUGGGAUGACUGGAAAGAGUCCAGCUACGGACACCCAAAAGAGCUCUGGCCUGUUCGGUGUGGAGAACAAGACCAGCACCAACACCAGCGGGAACAGUCCGUUUAAAAGCAGCGACCCGUUUUCUUCUGGUGGCCCCGGAGUCCAAUCUACGGACCACUCUGCAGCUCCCGCCCUCUCUCCCAGCGGCUCAGUGGACGACAGCAGUCCCACAUCCUCCAACUCCGAGCCCCUCAGCCCCGAGAGAGUGGGGCCAGGGGUCGAGGCUGGCAAGCAGCGGCGGCGGAAGAAGAAGAGGAAGGGCCGUGAUGAGGUCUACGACUUCUUGGACAGCCAGGAGAAUAACAUUGCCGAGUCAGACAAGCAUGGGAUGCAGGAUAAUGAUGAAAGGGAGGCGGAGGAGGACGAAGAUGAGGAGGAGAACUGGGAGUGGGAGAUCAGAGAGAGUGGAGGAGGGGGUCGGGUUAAAGGCAGGAAGACUAAAAGUCGGGCAAGACUUCCCGAGGAGUGGGGGGCGCCGCAGCAGCCCGUCUCACCUACACCGGCUUCAGUCGCUCCUAAGUGGGCGACAGCGGCUGACUCUGCUCCUAACUCUGGCCCCGGCCCUGCUUUGUCCUCUGCCUCUGAACAAAUACCCACGAGUUUUGUCAACCCUAAUGUUAGCCUUCCAACAGAUUCGUCUCCACGGUCCUACGAGCCCAUGUGUGUGGAGGAUUUUCCUGUAUCCACUAAAGAUGGCCAAAAAGCUUUUGAAGAGAAAGUUUCAACCGGCAAACCCGAGCAAAACAUUAAAGCCCCCGUUCCUCCCAGUAAGAGCGGUCCGGCUGGUGAUGUUAGCGGAAGCCUAGCAUUGAUGACCGGAGACAAUUUAAGCCCUGUCUCCCAGACCUUUUCUUUCCUUGAUUCAGUCCUCCAGACCCCUCCAGGCUCCACUCCAGACUCACAGACCACUACCCCCAUCACCAACACCCCAUCCCUUGCCACUGCUUCUCUGACCAAAUCCACCCCGGCAGAAAGCAUCGUCCCUGCUUCGCAAGCCUCUUCUGUUUUCAGCCCCUCUAAAAGCAUGCCCACCUCCACUCUGCCCACCAACCCGUCCCCCUUUGCUCCCGCAGAAACACAGCCUCCAACAACCGGGUCCACCCUGAAUGUCGAUGCCAAGCCUUUCGUCCCCUCCGCCACCCUGUUGUCCUCCUCCUCCUCCUCCUCCUCCUCCUCCUCCUCCUCCGCUGCCUCCUCGGGAGCAGCCCCCGUUAGCUCCUCGGCGGCUCCCUGUAAGAGUGAGGCCACCCCCGCAUCCUCAUCAGACACCCUCCAGAAAAGUGCAGCCAUGUCUCUUAGCUCAGCCACACCCCCUCCCUCCAUCACCCAAGCAGUCCCUCCCUCUCUCCCUGCACACUCAGAGAACCAGGAGUCCUCGUCGCCACAGCUCCCCCCACUGGAAGUUAAAUCUGACAACAAGGACAAGCUGGAGAAGACAGACCUUCUGACUGGCAAAACAGAGAAGAUUGACACCUCUGACAAGAAAGAAGAGCAGCAGAAGAAGGACAACGGUCCCGACAAGAACCAGAAGUCCGAGAAUAUCCUGAAAAACGAGGAAAAGAACGAGAAGAUUAACACGGAUAAGAACAACAAAGCCAACGAAAAGGCAGAGAAGGUAGACAAGCCGGAAAAGACCAACAAAGACGAGAAGAAGGAAGAGGAGAAAAAGCCGGCUGAGACGAAGGACGAGAAAGGAGGGAAGAGUACGGCUAAGUCUCCGACAGGCAGUGGCGGGAAGACCCUGCCGAGCCCUGACAGCAAGAGCAAGCCUGAUGUGGGUUCAACCAAACCAAACUCAGCCAAAUCGCGCCCAUCCACCCUCUCCACCAAUGGCGAGGCCAACUCGGCCAAACGCCCCUCCCCCACCACAGCUUCAGCCAAUAAAAAAAGCCCUGUUCCUAAGGCGACCACGCCCACCGCCGCCAAGCGGCCACCAACAGCAACCGGCUCCAACAAGGCUGCCAAGACUCCGGAAAACGGUUCCGCUGAGAAACGCCCACCCGUGCCAAAGGCCACUCCUACCCCACGUCCGACUGCAAAUAAGAACGGCUCCUCUGCGACCGCUGCGAGCAAAACCGCAGCUAGCAAGAAUGACAAGGCCGACAACAAGACAGGCGAGGCCAAAAAACCGAAGACGACAGCUCGCCCUCGUCCCGCCUCCACCGCCACCCCAGCUGCCCCGGCCAGCUCCACUAACGGCGACGGUACUCACCGCCGCCGGGUGAUCACCAAACCCCCCGUGCCCAAGCAGACUCCGCUGGAGAAGAAGCCGGCGGUGCCCCGCGCUCCCCGAAACCCUCGACCCAUCAACGCGCCGACACCCGACCUGAAGAACGUCCGCUCCAAGAUCGGGUCCAUUGACAACAUCAAGUACCAGCCCGGCGGAGGAAAGGUCUCCUCCACCCCGAACAACAAGACAUCAGACCCCUCCAACCCUGCCGGAAAGGCCAGAGUUCAGAUAGUGCACAAAAAGCUGGACUUCAGCCACAUCACCUCUCGCUGUGGCUCCAAGGACAAUAUCAAACAUGUCCCUGGAGGUGGCAAUGUGCAGAUCCUGAACAAGAAGGUUGACGUGAGCAAGGUGACGUCCAAAUGUGGCUCCAAGGACAACAUCAAACACAAACCAGGUGGCGGUGAUGUGAAGAUUGAGUCCCAUAAACUAAGCAUCAAGGCUAAAUCUAAGAUUGGUUCCCUGGACAACGUUGGGCAAGGCAACGGACAGACCAAUGGUCACAAGGAGGAGAAAACAGAGGAGAAGACAUCUUCACCCCCAAGUAGCGCUCCGACAACAGACCCCGCGGGGGUUGCCAAGGCAACGGCACCCGGAGGUGUUACCAAGGAGAACGGCGUGAAGGAACCCACAACCAAUCCUUUUGGAGGAGAUGGACUGAGGGAGCCGCUCAGCAUAGACAAACGCAUCACUGAGACAAACUGAGUCCCAGUGACUUGCAGAUUUUGGCGGGACACGCAUGGAGCUUGCUGACCCGCCAGCCAACUGACCAACCGACCAACCACGGCGCAGUCACUCCCCUCUGACCCCGCCCUCCAUCUUGCCCACUGCAGCACCGAACUGACCGAUUGCCUCUCAGUGUUUCUCUGGGGUCCGCCUGCCAGCUUCCUUGCAACCAACCCUGACCUUUUGACCAGUUGAUGCCCACGGGUUGACCUUUGGCCCCUGCCUACCACAGAGUGGAGCACUUGCUGUUCUGUUUGUGUUUCUCUGUGUGGGUCUCCACCAGCGUCUCGACUGAUAAAUUUUACUCGUGAGCACCGAUUUAGAUGACCCCGAACCCCAAACCUAACAACCCGAUGCAAUAAACCCUCAGUCAGUGCUGUAUCCUGAGUAUACUGAGCAGAGCCUCUUUUCUUUUUCAUAGAUUCCUCGACCUGUGAGUCUAAUUCCUGUUAAGCCACAUGUCUGAUAUCACAGUUGUAAGGCUUUGCUCUGGCCCCUCCUGCAGGUCUUCACGUGUUAAAACUCUAAUCUCCGAGCAGACCCGUGUUGACACGACCACAUCUUAUUCCCAGAGCACCAGCUGUCUGCAUUUCAGCACGUUAUCUCGAUAUUACAGCUCAUCAUACAUUAUUCCACUUCUCAGUAUUAGUCAAGUUUUCUUUCAGUAAUGUUGCCUAUAAUGUUGAUAUUAUGAUGAUCAUU